AUGGCUCUGUACGCGUUGAAUAGGCUCAGUGAACGCUUGGUUCGAGAAGAUGCGUUAUUGUGCGUGUCUUCGCGGCCGUUGUCCCCAGCCACCACCACUGGCCACCACCAUCAUGCGUCCAUCGCUCCCCAGAAACCAGUCAGCACGGCCCGACUGCUCAUAAACAAUACGCUGUGGGGGUACUUGGCUGGCCUCAGCUGGACUCGCGACGGCCUGCUCAAUUGA